GUGAUUCUUCCAUCUUUUUUGUCACGAUGCCUCCUAAGAAGCAACCAGAGAAAUCCGGCUCUGCCGGAGCUAAGCCCGCGGAAAAAAAACCGGCCACGGCCAAAACACCUGCCGCAGCACCUAAAGCUGCGUCUACGAGUAGUGCACCCAAGCCUGCUACAGCAAAGACACCUGCACCAGCGCCUAAGGCUGCGGCUCCUAAAGCGGCCCCAGCUGCUAAACCUGCUGCAGCCAAGCCAGCUUCUGCUCCAGCUGCCAAGCCAGCAGAAAAGAAAACUUCAGCUGUACCUACUGCAAAGCCAGGCUCUGCUAAAGCUGCAGCUCUUAAGGCCAAGUCCAGUGCUAAGCCUUCAGUAAAGAAAGCAGCGGCCGCUUCCAAACCUAGUAAGCCAAAACCUGUGGCUGCCAAACUUAAGAUUGCCCCUAAGCCUAAGAAAACUGGUAUUAAAGGGCAAAAGAAAGUUGUCAAACCCGUAGUCAAAGCCCUUAAGGCACAAAGAAAGGUUGUAAAGGGUGAACAUGGCAAAAGAGUGCGCAAGAUUCGCACAUCUGUGCAUUUCCGCAGGCCCAAAACCUUUGAGCCUCCUCGGCACCCUAAAUACCCCAGGAAAUCUUUACCAAAAAGGAAUCGUAUGGAUGCCUACAACAUCAUUAAGUACCCACUUACUUCUGAAGCUGCAAUGAAAAAAAUUGAGGACAACAAUACUUUAGUAUUUAUUGUCCACACCAGUUCAAAUAAGCACCACAUCAAAGCAGCAGUCAAGAAACUUUACGACAUCAAUGUUGCUAAAGUCAACACGCUCAUCAGGCCCGAUGGCAAAAAGAAGGCGUACGUUCGACUUGCCAGGGACUAUGACGCAUUAGAUGUUGCCAACAAAAUCGGCAUCAUAUAAACAGGUGUAUUUUAUAAGAAUAAAAGCAG